AUGUUGGGUAAUAGCACUCAGGAUUUGGAAGUUGGUUACCAAAUUGAAUCUCUGCCAUCAUACGAGGAAUCUGUACGAGGACCUCCUCCAUCAUACGAGAGUUUGUUUGCUAAGGUUGUUUCUGCCAACAGGGAAUCAACUGGAAAAACAGAUUUUGCUCUCAAGUUGAGAAAAUUAUUGUGCAAAACAGCUGGCUUUGUAUGUUGCUGUGCAGUAGUCACUGUGCUUCUCAGCGGUAUACCCAUUUCUAUGAUUGUACUUGGUAGUAUGUAUAAGGAUGACUGCGCCAUUCAACCAUACAUUCCAAUAUUUCUGAUUGUCGCUGGCUCGUUCCUGUUGCUGUUCUGUUUCUGCGUUGCAUGCGGUUGUUGUUCAAAAGAAUGUCGAACUGCUGGCGAUGAAAAUGAGGAGAAUCAGACUGAUAUUGACGAUGAGUGUAGCCAGGGCAGCAUUGCUACUGGUAGCGCAUUGUGUAUCACUUUGUUCCUGUGUGCAUGGUUCAUUGCCGGUAAUGCAUGGGUAUACGGGGCACGCGAGCCAUCCUACGACCACCCGACCUCUGACGAUUACUGCAACAAGACACUGUAUAUGUUUGCAUACUGGGUUCUGAUUGGCAGUUACGUAGUCACCGGACUAUGUGGUUGUUUUAGUGCUGUCUGUUGUUGCGUCGUGCAUUGUGUUAAAUGGGAAGAGUAA